AUGCUUGAAACCGCGAACCUCCCAACCCAUCGUCGUGCAUGGCGCCGCACCGAUGACUUGACCCCUGGCGCGCCCAAAGUGAAGCUCGUCGUCAAGCCGCUCCGCUUGCCCCUAUCGCCCACGCAAGUUCUCAUCAAAGUCCGCGCCGUCGCCCUCAACUACCGCGACGCCAACAUCGCCAACGGCGGCAACCCCUGGCCCGUGCUGCCCCGCGGCAUACUGGGCAACGACGCGGCGGGCGACAAGCCCGGGCGGUCGUGGCGUGCCGCGGACCAGGACGCCGUGCUUGCGGACCACCUCGUGUUCGACGAGAAGCUGCUGGCGAAGCUCCCUCCGCAUGUUGACUGGGUCAACUGGAGUAUCAUCCCGUGCGCCGGCGCGACCGCCUGGUCUGCGCGCAAGGGCUUGUCGAUCGGCCAAAGCGUCCUGAGUCAGGACACGGGAGGCGUCGCCAUGUUUGCACUCAAACUUGCGCAAGCUUCCGGGUUCAAGAUCAUCCUCAGUUCUCCGAGCGACGCAAAGAUCGAGGCGACCCAGAAAGCCUCUCCCUCCGCGCCUGUAUACGGCGUUAGUGGCGUGUGCGUCAACCUGGUGGUUGGGAACGGAGGGACUCCAUCGCUCGUGCAGAGCGUGAAAUGCACACGCCGUGGUGGCGUCGUGAGCCAAGUCGGGUACCUAGGCGAGCGGAACCCGGCUCAUUUGAAGGACUUUGUGUCGACGAUUCUUGACAGAAGAGUUAACGUCAGGGGCAUCAAUACGGGAUCAAGCCUUGAUCUGGAGGAUCUCUGUGCCGCUAUAUCCGCCACGGUCUGA